CCCUUUUCCACCAUCCCAUUUGCCCGAGAUGACGACUACGUUGCCUGUGGCUCGAUACUAGACGAUAUCCAAGCGAGGUGUGCAAGACCAGCAUCGAGGACAGCGCUUGAGGGGCUGGGUGGUGUUGGGAAAUCGCAAUUAGCAAUUGAAUACUCCUAUCGCGUGCGCGAAGAAUCGCCUGAUACGUGGGUUUUCUGGGUCCAUGCUAGUAACGCAUCACGUCUUGAGUUGAGCUACCGAGAGAUCGCCGAUCGUCUCGAGCUUCCUGGACGGCACGAUGCUACUGCCAACGUCCUCCAGCUGGUAAACAACUGGCUUUAUAAUUCGAAGCACGGGAAAUGGAUUUUGAUACUGGAUAAUCUGGAUGAUGAGGGUCUGCUUGAGGAGCCGUUGCAAAAUGGCCAGACAAACGACGCUGGCAGCCAAACGAGCACACUGCAGAGGCCGUUGUUAGGACUGCUUCCUCGCUGUCCUCACGGGGCGAUCAUCUUCACCACGCGAAACAAGGCGGUGGCACUGAAAUUAGUUAGCGAACGCGACAUCCUCCAUAUCAACCCGAUGGAUGCACCAUCCGCACUUGCCCUUCUACGCAAGAAGCUUAGCAUCAACACGGCCGAUGAGGAAGAAGCGGGAAAGCUUCUCGAAGCGCUCGAAUUCAUGCCACUGGCAAUAAUCCAAGCCUCUGCUUUCAUGCGGUAUCAUGCUCCGAGGUACUCCAUUGCGCGGUACUUGAAGGACUUCGAGAAUAAUAGUCGUAUUCUGGACCACGAGGCUGCCCAGCCUCAACGGGAUUAUGAAGCAAGUAACUCCAUUUUGAGAACGUGGCAGAUAUCUUUCGACUAUAUCCGACAGUCCAGACCAACCGCAGCAGACCUUCUGUCUCUGAUGAGCUUCUUUGAUCGGCAGGGAAUACCGGAGGUCUUACUCAGAAGCACGCCACGAGCGCAGGAAGGAGAUGACAACGUUACCCAAGCUGAGAAUGAGUACGGAGUACCGAGGGAAACGGCUGAUAGCGCCUUCGACUUCGAGCAUGACAUCCGUACGCUGAGAGAGUUCUCGUUCAUCGCGAUCAGGCGAGAUCCCCAGAUAUUUGAGAUGCACAGACUCGUCCAACUUGCUAUAAAAGGGUGGCUGGAAAGGGAGGGCCUCGUGCCACGCUGGCAAGGCAGAUCCAUGAACAGCCUCGAUCGCAUUUUCCCAUUCCAAGCCAAAGAUCAGCCAAAGUACGAGUUUUUAUACCCUCACCUCAAAAAAGCAGUCGCCGAAAGGCCAAGCUUACCAGUGUUGAUGCCUAACUGGAUCUCCCUGCUCAUGAAAGGUGUGGCUCAUGCGGCAUAUUGCAUGGACUAUAGGGACAUGAAGCAGAUGGCGUCAACGCUCAGAGAGGCAAGUGAACAGCUGUUCGGCUCGGGGAACCUGAUGGCUACUUUUGUCAAUGAGAUGGAAGCUCUUGUCUUGCAGUACCAACAAAACCAGGAGAAGCUAGUAGCGCGCCAUCUGCAAACUAUCAAGGCAUGUCAGGAGCUCGGUGGGGAAACCCAUUACCUGACAUUAGAGGCCAUGGACUCACUCACAGAUGUCUACCUCAUGCAAGGUCGACUGCAACAAGCCGAAGAGCUAGGAGCCAAGGUACUUCAAAGUAGCCGACAAGUAUACGGCUACACUCAUCAUGUGACAGUAUCCGCUUCGAAGACUCUCCGACGAGUUUACAUCAGACAGCGGAGAUGGAGGCAGGCCGAGGAGCUAGCUUUGCAGGACAUCCAGGUCGCGAAGGAAUUGCUGGGUGAUGAACAUUCGAGAACCUUUGAGGCUGUCGAAGAGUUGGGACAACUGCACAUGAUGCAAGGCAAAUGGUAUGAUGCCCAAAGUCUGCUGAUGUCAUUGGUGGAAGCAAAAAAGCGACUCCUAGGCAGCAGGGAUCCGUCCACUCUAGGUUCGAUGGGCCUGCUCGCAGAAGUGUACGAGGGUCAGGGUCGACUGGUAGAGGCGAAGAGACUGUAUACCCAUGUGCUUCAACAAGUAAUGGAGCUCAUGGUUGCCCCAUGGGCUCCAAAAACGACCAGCCUAACAGACCACUUGGGAGCGUUGUACUACAGCCAAAGGAAGUGGGAGGCUGCAGAGAAGGCUUUUCAAGAAGCCCUGACAACUCGGUUGGAGACCUUGGGAGAAGCACAUCUUGAUACGAUUACUACUAGAGGAAACCUCGGGGCUGUAUAUAUCGAACAAAUGCGCUGGACAGACGCUGAAGGUGUGUUUGUGCGGAAUCUUGAC